UCCCAGAGAGUUAUGGAAAUGAGUGCUGUGAUUUUGCUGUGACUCUGAUCCUACAGGUAGUCGAGGGAAGACGGCUGGAUGUUCAGACUGAAAGUUUGGUGAGAUCUUAUCUAGUCCAUAGCAGAUAAAAGCUGAAAGCAGUGUGUAAUUUGUGUGCAAGCACUGGUAUGGUCUGUUAAAAGACAGAUAAACAGAAAACAAAACAGAGGAAAAUUCAGAGAAUGCCGAGGUCUUUCCUUGUGAAAAAGAAACGAGGGGCAUGUGGAGCAUGGCAAUGGAAAGAACCCGAACAGCUUGAGUGGAAAGAAGACAAUAUUCCUGUGAAUGAAAAUGCACAGCAGCACGAAUCCUUCUGUCCUGACGGCCAACAGAGCACCCCCAUCCCUCACACAGUGUCCUCCGAGGCAAGUGUGACAGCAGAAGGGAUGAGAGUGCCUGUGCCUUUAACAGGAUCAGCGGCUGACACCAGGCCUGGCUGGUCCACAUUGAUGCUCCGCAGCUCUUUGUACCAUCCCAGUGCAAUGGCACUGGUUAACAGAGCCAAGCCCCGUCUCCGCUCCACUCCCGGCUCGGGAGACUUUGUAUGCUCAUUGUGCCACAAAAUAUUCCCCCUUCAGCGCAUGUUGACCAGACACCUCAAGUGCCACAGCCUGGUGAAGAGGCAUCCCUGCCGAUUCUGUGGCAAAGGAUUCAAUGACACCUUCGAUCUCAAGAGGCAUAUGAGAACACACACAGGUAUACGUCCCUACAAGUGUGAGCUGUGUGAGAAAGCCUUCACGCAGCGCUGCUCUCUUGAGUCCCAUAUGAGGAAGAUUCACGGCGUUCAUCAACAGUAUGCCUACCGUCAGAGACGCUCCAAGAUCUUUGUGUGUGAGGAUUGUGGUUACACCUCAAGCCGCCCAGAUGAGUACUUCCUACAUAUGAGGCAGUGCCACCCAGGGAGCCCCUCCUUACGCAGAUACUACCGUCGCCAGGCCCACAACAACAGCAGCUUUGCCUCAGGAGACCGUAAACUCCACCCCUUCCUGCUGUACUCAAAUCCUGCAUACUACAUGUAGUGCUCAUUAAAAUGUUGAACUGCAAUGCAUUGUAUU